GGCUGCCGCUCCUGAAGCGGUACCUGCGGGCAUGCGACAAGCUCGUGCUCGAGACGGUGCCACAGUUGCGGGAGCACUUCAUGAAAGAGGGCCUGCGGCCAGCGAUGUAUCUUCACCAGUGGUUCUUGUCCGUCUUCAUCAACUCCUUCCCGCUCUCCAUGGUCUGCUUGCGCACUCCGUGAUAACCCGACUGCCGCCAUUCCGCCAGGGGCAUGCGUCACAGUUGAGCAAACGUUGGCUGGGAGCUUAUCGUUAGUGAGGGGGUAAUUCAUGUGCGCCCGCACCUUACCCACGAUGUUUAGCAGACUUGCGUGCUUCGCGAUUUCGUCUGGAGUGUAUCCAUGGUGGGGCGACGGAUCAUGGCCAUCCUGACAUGUCGCACAUUGGAUUGUUGUCCACCAUCACUCGGCACAGGUCGUACAAUGUUAUCACUGCAUACGUUGCACAUUCAGACUAGAAAGGACGGGAACAUACGUGAUGUAUCAUGGAAAGCAUGUAGGGAGCAGCUUGCGCGUAUGGUCAGGUCAUGAUUAUAUGGGAUGUCAUCGUCACCGAGGGUCUACCCGUGAUUCUCAGGAUCGCAGUGAAACCGUGCAUGGGUUGUAUUCAUUUGUUUCCAAGGUAUGCUUGAUUCCAUUUCAAUGCCAAAUUGUGUUUAUAUAGAGAAGGGGAAGGAAUCCACAUGUAUGUACUCGGCUUGCGAGUGCCAUCAGUUGAAUUGGGCGCAGCUUACAUCUAUCUCUACGCCGCAUUUCCGUUGUGCUGUUAUGGCUGGAAUUUCCCUAACAGGUUGUGCAAUAUUCUGACGCGUGAGGGACAUCUCUCUGGGGUUUCUCUUUCUGCCAUCAACCGGACUCUUGCUCGGCAUCCUCCUCCCCAUGCCCCGCCUAAGAGGAUAAGAGAAGGAGGAGGUGGAGGAGGCGCAGGAACAGGAGUCGGAAUGAGAGGAAAAGGAGUCGGCCUGCUCAGGAUCGCAGUCUCGAUCUUGCAGGUUCUGAAGGACUCCCUGCUCGAGAUGAGCCUGGAGGAUAUGGCCAAGUUCUUCAAGAUGAUGAAGAGCUACGAGACUGAGGACGAGGAGUUGAAAUCGUUCCGGAUAGGGCAGUUAUUGAUGCAGCACACGGUGCACGUGCAGAUCCCAGAAUACAUCAUGGAGUACCUCAGAAGUGACCUGGACUCGGAGGACCUGGAGAGGGCAGACAUCAACUUGGAGUACUGGGAGAACGACCUCAGCGGCGGCAGCUGGCUCCAGUCGUUCACGCGCUUGUUCUGGUCGAAGGGGUCCAACCGGAAGGUCGCCGGCCCGGCGGCACACACGCGGCCUGCGCCACUGCAGGAGCCGGGUGGCUCGGCCGCCGCGGGCGGCUCGCUGGCGCCCGCCGGCGC